AUGUAUAGUUCCACCAGCCUGGACCAGAACCCCCCUCCUCCACCUGUCUCCUAUAGUUCUACCAGCCUGGGCCAGAACCCCCCUCCUCCACCUGUCUCCUAUAGUUCCACCAGCCUGGACCAGAACCCCCCUCCUCCACCUGUCUCCUAUAGUUCUACCAGCCUGGACCAGAACCCCCCUCCUCCACAUGUCUCCUAUAGUUCUACCAGCCUGGACCAGAACCCCCCUCCUCCACCUGUCUCCUAUAGUUCUACCAGCCUGGGCCAGGACCCCCCUCCUCCACAUGUCUCCUAUAGUUCUACCAGCCUGGACCAGAACCCCCCUCCUCCACCUGUCUCCUAUAGUUCUACCAGCCUGGACCAGAACCCCCCUCCUCCACCUGUCUCCUAUAGUUCUACCAGCCUGGACCAGAACCCCCCUCCUCCACCUGUCUCCUAUAGUUCUACCAGCCUGGACCAGAACCCCCCUCCUCCACCUGUCUCCUAUAGUUCUACCAGCCUGGGCCAGAACCCCCCUCCUCCACCUGUCUCCUAUAGUUCCACCAGCCUGGACCAGAACCCCCCUCCUCCACCUGUCUCCUAUAGUUCUACCAGCCUGGGCCAGAACCCCCCUCCUCCACCUGUCUCCUAUAGUUCUACCAGCCUGGACCAGAACCCCCCUCCUCCACAUGUCUCCUAUAGUUCUACCAGCCUGGGCCAGAACCCCCCUCCUCAACCUGUCUCCUAUAGUUCUACCAGCCUGGACCAGAACCCCCCUCCUCCACCUGUCUCCUAUAGUUCUACCAGCCUGGACCAGAACCCCCCUCCUCCACCUGUCUCCUAUAGUUCUACCAGCCUGGGCCAGGACCCCCCUCCUCCACAUGUCUCCUAUAGUUCUACCAGCCUGGACCAGAACCCCCCUCCUCAACCUGUCUCCUAUAGUUCUACCAGCCUGGGCCAGGACCCCCCUCCUCCACCUGUCUCCUAUAGUUCUACCAGCCUGGACCAGAACCCCCCUCCUCCACCUGUCUCCUAUAGUUCUACCAGCCUGGGCCAGAACCCCCCUCCUCCACCUGUCUCCUAUAGUUCUACCAGCCUGGACCAGGAUUCCCCUCCUCCACCUGUCUCCUAUAGUUCUACCAGCCUGGACCAGAACCCCCCUCCUCCACCUGUCUCCUAUAGUUCUACCAGCCUGGACCAGAACCCCCCUCCUCCACAUGUCUCCUAUAGUUCUACCAGCCUGGGCCAGAACCCCCCUCCUCCACCUGUCUCCUAUAGUUCUACCAGCCUGGACCAGAACCCCCCUCCUCCACAUGUCUCCUAUAGUUCUACCAGCCUGGACCAGGACCCCCCUCCUCCACCUGUCUCCUAUAGUUCUACCAGCCUGGACCAGAACCCCCCUCCUCCACCUGUCUCCUAUAGUUCUACCAGCCUGGACCAGAACCCCCCUCCUCCACCUGUCUCCUAUAGUUCUACCAGCCUGGACCAGGACCCCCCUCCUCCACAUGUCUCCUAUAGUUCUACCAGCCUGGACCAGAACCCCCCUCCUCCACCUGUCUCCUAUAGUUCUACCAGCCUGGACCAGGACCCCCCUCCUCCACCUGUCUCCUAUAGUUCUACCAGCCUGGGCCAGGACCCCCCUCCUCCACCUGUCUCCUAUAGUUCUACCAGCCUGGGCCAGGACCCCCCUCCUCCACAUGUCUCCUAUAGUUCUACCAGCCUGGGCCAGAACCCCCCUCCUCCACAUGUCUCCUAUAGUUCUACCAGCCUGGGCCAGGACCCCCCUCCUCCACCUGUCUCCUAUAGUUCUACCAGCCUGGGCCAGGAUCCCUCUCUACCGGCCUGGGCCAUGCCCCUCUCUACCGGCCUGGGCCAUGCCCCUCUCUACCGGCCUGGGCCAUGCCCCUCUCUACCGGCCUGGGCCAUGCCCCUCUCUAUCGGCCUGGGCCAUGCCCCUCUCUACCGGCCUGGGCCAUGCCCCUCUCUACCUGCCUGGACCAUGCUUCUCUCUACCGGCCUGGACCAUGUCCCUCUCUGCUAG